GGUUGAAUAGAAAUAUCCAAAUUUGUGUAGUAAAAUGCUGUUGCGAUCCAUAUUAGGCAGGAAACGUUUUCUAUUUUCUCCGAUCCUGUAUAAUCACACAAAGACAUGCCCGUCAGCAAAGAGAAAUACUUGUGAGCCACAACAGGAAGUAAAAAGAUGUCCUUCGGGCGACGGAGCGGAGAAAGAGGGAGGAGGUUCAGGCCAUUCAGGUCAACCAGUCCUCAGGCGAAACAUGUACUCCGGCCGGGUGCGCCUCGGCUUCCUUCCGGAUGAAUGGUUCACAUUCUUUUACAAAUACACCGGAGUCACAGGCCCUUACUUAUUUUUUUUCAACCUCGCCAAUUACAUGUUGAGCAAAGAAAUCUAUGUCAUGGAACACGAGUACUACUUGGGGCUUUCCGCCUUUGUAGUUAUCUUUUACGUCACAAAGAACUUCGGAAAAGACAUAGGCGCGAGUUUAGACAAGCAAGUCGAUGCGUAUGCUGCUGAUUUGGAGAAAGGCCGUAAGAUGGAAAUGGAUUAUUUUAAUAAUGCAAUAAAGAUGGCUAAAGAUGCACAGCGUCGCGCCGAGGGGCAGAAGUUGUUGAUGGACGCGAAGAAAGAAAACGUUGCCAUGCAGUUGGAAGCGAUUUACCGAGAGAGGGCUAUGGCGGUAUACCGCAGUGUUCGGGGCCGCAUGGACUACCACAUCAAGCGCUACCAGGCCGAGGCCCGCAUUCAUCAGAAGUGGAUGCUCGGGUGGAUAUUGCGAGAAGUUGAGAAGUCCAUCACGCCCGAGUUUCAACAACAGGCUUUGCAAAGCGCUAUUAGCGACUUGGCAGCUGCUGCGAGUCGAGCCUAGUAACGGUAGGUAUGUUCAAACCAAUAUCUAUAAAAUUGUUUUGUUUUACGUAACUUCACGGUGUUACUUUUAUUAUGAUUAAAUUCGAAUUCUAA